CCGUCGGGUGCAUUGGAAUUUCAAUUCAACACAUCUCUUCAUUGCGACUCCGAUUAUACCCUUUCACGUACACCACACAUCACCAUGUCGAACCAAAUCCGAACUAUCUCCCCGUCCACCCAUGAGGUUAUCUUUGACAAGCCCGGCGCUUCUCUCGCGGAUGCUACUAAGGUCGCCGCCUCUUCCAAGCAAGCAUUCGAAGCUUAUCGCACCACCACAUUGAACCAGAGAAAGGAGAUUGUGAAGCGCGCUCUUGAUAUCGUUGAUACUCGUAUCGAUGAGCUGGCGAAGGAGCUCACUACCCAAAUGGGCCGACCCAUUAGGUACUGCGCAGGGGAGAUCAAGACCAUGCGUCUUCGUGCAGAGCAUAUGAUGGAUAUCGCGGAGGAGAGCCUGGCAGACCUUCCUGGACAGCCCCAAGAAGGCUUCAACCGCUCAGUCAAGCGAGUUCCUCUGGGACCGGUGUUGAUUGUCGGCGCUUGGAAUUACCCAUACCUGACUACCGUCAACGCAUUGGUUCCUGCUCUGCUCGCUGGCAACAGUGUCCUCCUUCGUCCGUCGCCCCAGACUCCUCUCUUCGGUGACAGGAUGCUUGAGAUCUUCACCGAGGCUGGUUUGCCCAAGAACGUGCUGCAGGUCCUGCAAAUUGGAAGCCUGGAUGUUCUCGACCAAGUCGCCCAGCUCCCCACCGUUCAAUCUAUCUCCUUCACUGGCUCCACUGCCGGUGGAAUCCGAUUGCGCGAGGCAACCGCGCGCCAGGUCAAGCCUGUCAACCUUGAGCUGGGUGGUAACGAUCCCGCCUAUGUGCGCCCUGACGUCGAUGUGAAGAAUGUUGCUGAGAACUUGGUUGAUGGCGCUGUCUUCAACUCCGGACAAAGCUGCUGCUCUGUUGAGCGCGUGUAUGUGCACGAGAAGAUCUACGAUGAAUUUGUUCGUCUCGUGCAGGAGGAGCUGAAGAACUACAAACUUGGUGACCCUCAAGAUGAAACCACCACUACCGGCCCUGUUAUCUCCGCCCCAGCGAAGGUUAAGAUUCAAUCUCACAUCGACGAUGCUCUCAGCAAAGGAGCUGAGGAGACCUUUGGCCCUGUCAUGCCGAUCAUGAAGGUCUCUAGUGACGAGGAGGCCAUUGCUCUGAUGAACGACACUGACUAUGGUCUGACUGCCAGUGUUUGGACCAAGGAUCUUGCCAAGGGUGAGGAGAUCAUCGACCAGGUUGAGGCUGGCACAGUAUUCCUCAACCGCUGCGACUAUCCCGCUCCGGAUCUGGCAUGGACCGGCUGGAAAUCCUCUGGUCUGGGAUCCACCCUCGGACCCCGAGCCUAUGAUGGUUUCACCAAGCUGAAGAGCUACCACAUUAAGAAUGCCUAA